CAAAACAAAGGGGGCGCGGCCUCUGGAUCUUUUUGAGGAAAGACCUGAUGGCGUGCUAUGUCACGCGUGCAUAAUAAUUCGCCGGACGACGUGACGACGAGGUCGACCAGGGCUUUUCCCUCGCUGGGCACCACGUGGCCAGGCGCGUGCCGUUGCCGCGUCUUGAGGGCGAACAGUUCCAGCAGCGCCUACCCUCGGGGAAGCAAAAGCAACAGCGGCGCACGCGCACGGAUUUAUAUUUGAUUGAUGAAAAAUGGGAGGCGGCCUGGAAAUUGCAUAAUCAAUACUCUAUUUUGAGAUGGAAUUUCUCAAAUCCCACCGCCUAACAGCAUGAAAGUCAACUUGUUGUUUUUGUCUUUGGCCGUCGCUGUUGGACUGGCCGUGGCCGUUUUCGGGCCACCCCAUGUGUCAAAUGCACUCUCACCCAAAGAUGACAACGUGUUGCACAUCGCUGGCAUUUUCCCAAUUGGUGGCAAAGGAGGCUGGCAAGGUGGACAGGCCUGUCAGCCGGCUGCUAGAUUGGCGCUUGAAGAUGUGAACAACAGGACUGAUUUAUUACCAGGGUUGAAUUUAAAAUUGCACUGGAAUGACAGCGAGUGUGAACCUGGAUUGGGAGCUUCUGUCAUGUACAACCUUUUGUACAACAAACCUCAAAAACUUAUGUUGCUGGCUGGAUGCAGUACAGUUUGCACAACUGUGGCAGAGGCUGCAAAAAUGUGGAAUCUUGUUGUGCUCUGUUAUGGUGCGAGCUCUCCUGCACUGUCGGACCGUAACAGGUUCCCUACUCUUUUCCGCACCCACCCUUCAGCUACGGUGCACAACCCUACUAGGAUUAAGUUGAUGGAGAAAUUUGGCUGGUCCAGAGUUGCAAUUCUCCAACAAGCUGAGGAAGUUUUUAUUUCAACUGUUGAAGACUUGGAAGCAAGAUGCAAAGAGGCUGGAAUAGAGAUUGUCACCCGCCAAAGUUUUCUUUCUGAUCCUACUGACGCCGUCCGAAAUUUAAGGCGUCAAGAUGCUCGAGUGAUAGUUGGACUGUUUUAUGUUGUUGCUGCGAGAAGGGUCCUCUGCGAAGUGUACAAGCACAAGUUGUAUGGAAAGUCAUAUGUCUGGUUCUUCAUAGGUUGGUAUGAGGAUGAUUGGUUUGAGCAAAAUCUGGAGAAAGAAAAAAUAAAUUGCACAAAAGAGCAGAUGAGAAUUGCAGCCGAGGGUCACUUGACAACUGAGGCUUUAAUGUGGAAUCAAAACAAUCAAAGAACACUGUCUGGAAUGACCUCUGCCGAUUUUCGUGAGCGACUGAAUGAGGCUUUGAAAAAAGAAAAUUAUGAUAUCGACAAUAUGCGUUAUCCAGAAGGCUACCAAGAGGCUCCCUUGGCAUAUGAUGCCGUUUGGGCUGUUGCUUUAGCAUUCAACAAAACUAUGGAAAAGUUGGAUCGUGUGGGCAAAAGCUUAAAGAAUUUUACUUACACGGACAAGGAGACUGCUGAUGACAUUUAUUCAGCUAUUAACAGCACUCAGUUUCUUGGAGUUUCUGGUCAUGUGGCUUUCAGCUCUCAGGGUGACCGUAUUGCUCUAACCCAGAUCGAGCAAAUGACUGAUGGGAAGUACGUUUUGUUAGGCUAUUAUGACACACAAAGUGAUAAUCUAACGUGGAACAAUAAGGAGAAAUGGAUUAGCGGAAAAAUACCUCAAGAUCGGACAAUUGUCAGAACUGUCUUAAGAACUGUCUCGCUUGGUCUUUUCAUUUCAAUGGGGACCGUAUCAGUGGUUGGAAUUUUGUGGGCUAUUGCUCUGAUUGUGUUCAAUAUCAUGCACCGCCAUCGUCGUGUUAUCGAAACAUCACAUCCAGUUUGCAAUACCAUCAUGCUUGUAGGCGUUUGCCUCUGCCUGGGCUCAGUUUUUCUGCUUGGUUUGGAUGGUAGAUUUGUAGAGGCUGAGGGUUACCCUGCUGUGUGUCAGGCGCGUGCAUGGAUGCUGACACUUGGCUUUACCUUAGGAUACGGAGCAAUGUUUUCUAAAGUCUGGAGGGUCCACCGACUGACCACAAAGUCAAAGCAAAAUGGAAUGAAAAAAGUUGAACCUUGGAAAUUAUACUGGAUGGUUGGAGGUUUAUUUGUCGUAGAUAUCAUACUGAUGCUCUGCUGGCAAAUUAUUGAUCCCCUGCAACGGAGCAUUGAGGUUUUCCCUCUGGAAGAUCCUCCAUCCACUGACGACGAUAUCAAGAUAAGACCAGAACUGGAACACUGCGAGAGUCAGCACAAUGCUGUUUGGCUUGGAAUACUCUGCGGAUACAAAGGACUAAUUCUCAUUUUCGGACUCUUCCUCGCCUACGAAACAAGGAGCAUUAAAGUAAAGCAAAUCAAUGAUUCACGGUACGUUGGAAUGGCGAUUUACAAUGUGGUUGUACUCUGCUUGAUCACCGCCCCUGUCAUCAUGGUCAUUGCAUCACAACAGGACGCGAGCUUUGCAUUUGAAGCACUUGCCAUCAUAUUUUGCUGCUUUUUGUCGAUGGCUCUAGUUUUUGUGCCAAAGAUUGCUGAAAUAAUUGAGCACCCUAGGGACAAAGUGGAGGCCAAGUACAACACAGAUGCUGGAGUUUCGAAGGAAGAUGAAGACCGUUACCACAGUUUGCUUGCUGAAAAUGACGAACUACAAAAACUUAUUGCUACCAAAGAGGAAAAGAUAAGGAUAUUAAAAAUAAAACUACAAGAGCGUGAUGCUAUGAAGCUGGGCACUGACGGAACGGCACCCUCUGCUGCUGAAGGAAUGAAUGAGCCAAUCGGUCUUGGUGCUGGAGGAGUGAGGAACAAUUUAAUCCUGGGACGCAUUCACCAUGGAAACUCGGCUCCAGGGCAGCUGGAACCAGCAGGUUUGAUACUUCCUGAUCCUUUAACGGCAAAUUCAGAUUCUGCAAUUGGCCCUAUAUCUGGCUACACAAGAAGUUCCCAAUCAGACUUUGAAUUUUCAGAAUCAUAUCUAUAAAAGUUACUUAUCAUGGGAACAAUAUUCUGGACUUCGCAUUGCUCAGUAAUCACACAAUCAUUGGCAUUAUUUUUAUCUCUAAAAUACUAUUAUACAUGAUGAGGUCAUAUUUUAUCUAUAUUUUCAUAAAACUUUGGUAGCCGCCUUUAUGGUGUGUAUAAAAAUAUAAAACACUUCUUGAAUCACAAGUUUAAAAAUUUGACCCUUAAUCUUAAAAAGUAGCAAUCUAUAUACAUAUUUAAAAAUGUAAAUUAUAAAUUUGCGUUGCUAAAUUAUACUUGCACAAAGAGUUCAUUUAGAAAUGAAACCAAAGGCACAAUACAUGCAGAACAAAAAUUACUGUCAUAUAUUUAAACGGAUGGUUGUUUGUCUCCUUCUCACAACCUUUGUUUAACUUCUGCUAGGUCGUGGUAUGGGGGCACGAAACUCAGCUAACCUCAACUCAGCUUGAACGAGAGAUUAUGGAUUUCGGGUUUUUUGACAUCUCAUUUUCAUAGCAUGAAUUUUUAAUGUAUCUAGUCGUUUUAUCAAGCCAUAUUUUAUAUUCUAGUCUUUUUGAGAAAUUUUUUAUUUUUGAAUAGUGUUUUAAUAUCUUAUUUCAUAGAACAUUGGUUAUGAGAAGGAAAUUUAAUUUCAGUUGAUAUUAAAUUAUUAUAUUUUAAUGUUAAUGCUUCGUUCAUUGGUAUUGAUGGAAAUAUAAUCAAUGUUCAAUGAAAUUGAAAAGUAACUGUUGAUAUUGAAUUAAUAAAAAAACUGAAACAGCAUAAUAGUCAUUAUUUGCAUUUAACUUUUUUUUAAAAUCUUGUAGUGUUGCAUGUUGGUGUUUAAAUUUAAUGUUCCUCUAAUUAAUGUUUACUGGAAAAUAUGUAUUGCACGUUUCCUAAUUUAGAAUUGUUAACUGCUUUGCAAAAGUGGAUAAAUGUUAAAAUACUCUUGCAUUAUGAUAAAAUAUUAUCAAAAGAAAAUAGUUUAUUGUACUCACAAUCUUUAUUCAAGUUAAAUUUUGAGAAUCUCUUUAAUAAAUGUAAUAACUGUAAGGCAAUGAGAUAUUUCAUGCACAACACAAAAAUGAGCACAAAGUGUUUGAUGUUUGGCAGUAAAAUAUUAAUAUUGUACACAAAUUUUAAGGAAUUAAAUUGAAAGAUUAUGUAGUGGAGCCAUAUCAUAAAUACUCAUUUGACUGUACUGCUCUUUUAGAGGGAUUAAAAUGGCAUUAUCUAAAAUCUGGAUCACAGAUAAUUAAAUGGCUUUUCUAUUCACAUCCCGCCUUCCUUUGAAAAUGCUCGCACAAAUUUUUUCUUAAUGUACGAACCGAUUCGGCCAGCAACUGGUUUUUUGUCCGAGCUACUGCUUCUAUUAUCCUCUUCCACAGAAACUUUUCUUCUAAUACCACUCACAUAAAAUGUUUUAAUCUCCCAAUUCAGUUCAAAGUCUUUCAUAAGCCUCUGAAGCAUUCGCAAGUAAUCCGUGUGAUCAUUUUCAUCCACCCGGUAGGCUAGUUUUUCAAGCACUUCCAGAUUUCGCAGAAAAGCUAAUCCUUCCUCAGAAACAUCAUCUUCUCUAAACGUCACGGCCAGAGACCUUGUUUGGUACAAACUUGGUUUUCUUUCUUUGUAAUAUAGUAAUUAAUGAUAGUACCUCAGCUCCGGAAAACUGAUGCUGAUGGUUUUUAGAAUCUCGUCGUCGCACUCUAGUUGUAGUAGCUCAAGUUUUACUAAAUUAUUAAACUUGAGAAGGUCACACACUGACACUUUUAAAUUAGAGUCCAGCCAGAGGUUUUCUAUUAUUUUCAAGCGCGGACCGCAAUGUCUGAUCAUAUAUUUAUAGACUUCCUCUCUGUGCUUCUCGUCAACAUUUGCAAUGCAUGCAAAGUGAGUAUUUUCAUUCAAGAGCAUCUUGGUAAACUUUGCCGUUAAGAAACGAUCUAUUCUGGCGUUAAUGUAC